UAGUUCAACACCAGCUGAUGUCCUGUUUUUCCGCUGCUGGGCGAUGGUCAGAGGCUCCUUACACGAACCAGACAAUGUCCUUUGAGCGCACGCCACUUUUUCUUGAGAGUCCGCCUGAAGAAACAACAGAGCAAUAUUUGGACGUCAGCAGUUAACUUGAUGUGGUUACCGCGACGACAAAGGCACACAGAGAGUGAGAGAGAGAGAGAAAGAGAGACACCUGCUUUGGGGCGAGCGACAGUGACGUUUGUGCGGUGCGUGUAAUCAGCGGUUUACUCUGGCCAUUUUAUGCAUCUCAUAAUGUUUUGCUAUUCUUGUGGGCACAUGGUUUACAGCAAACAAUUGAGGUCUUCGCAACAGAUGGACAGGUCUCGGUAACCUCUGGCUGCAGUAAUGGAUGACUGUUCACCAACCCACGCUUUCCCCAACCUCCAUCUACCCCAACCUUUUCACAUCGUCCUACCCGACCACCACAGCUCCGAGCCUGGAUACUCCUCCGCUCAGCCCCCCUUACCUUUACCGAGCCAGGACGACCAGACCAUCCCCUGUUUCCCAACUUUUGACGACGACCAGAGAGAAGUCUGUAAUGAAGCCGAGCGGAGCCUUCUCAGUGCGCACAGCCUGGACGAUGAUUUUAACAUGGGCGGCCAUUUUGAAGAAGAAGAGAGACAUUCGUGGUACGUCCCAAAAGAAACUUGGGAUGGAAAUACUGAAAGCUCCACAGAUGAUUAUUAUGCUAAAGCAAACUGCCACAGAGGCCACAGAGGAACAACAAGCUAUAGUAGUUGUUCCCAAUUGACUUAUAACAGGAAAGCUAAUUCUGGCUAUGUCGCUAAACAGACGAACGCUACAUAUUUCAGAGACAGUGAACAUAACUCGGGUCAUAUUGGGUUAGAUUACUCCAGGACCAAUUCAGUCACUAGUGAUUUGGAUAGAGAGGAUUUCGGAGGAGGCCUUCACGAAGAACGGUUACAAUCCUCAAUAGCGGAUACAGGUUCUUGGCUAAUUGGAGAAAAUUCAUGGAGAGGGGAGUCGUGUUCUUCCAGUUUUACCCCUCAAAAGACUCUUGGACUAAAUAGCAGGACGUACCCGCAAAAACUAGACUCAUUUUCUGACGCUUUCAUGUCCCAAGCGAAAAGAAGACUUCCGGUGAUCACGACUGCAGAUGCUCACAACUGGGACAGCUUAGUUAGACCGAGAUUAAGCUGCUCCUUGGACUCCGAUUCCUCGUCUCCCUCCCUCCCGUCCUUCCCUUCGCCGCCGUCGUCCAAUCUCCUCAGCCCGCCGCCCACGCCCUUGACCCCCGCGUCCCACUCGCCCUCCAAAGUGGACUCCCCUAGUGGUGGAGGGUUGGCGGUGCACGCAGGAGCACAGGGAGGUGAAGGGGCAGUUGGGGCGCUUCAGUUUUUUCCUGUUCGACCUCAGUCUCUACUUGGUCCAAACUCAGCUGGGGUGGUCUGGAGGUUCCCGCUGUUGUCUCAUUGCUUUACACAGUUAGCGGGAGAGACUAGCAGCUCCGAGGGCACCGCUAGAGCCUCCAUCGCCAGCAAUUUAAACUACAAUACAGGUCCACAUAACGUCCAGUCACUGGUGUCUUCCUCUCCUCUUGUACCCGUUCUUCACCCUCCCAGAAGCCUGUGUUCCUCCGUCCAUCCCUUCUUUCAUUCAGCCUCUCUCUCUUCUCUCACAUCUAACCAUCAAAAUGAGGACAGCACAAAACAGAAACCCUCCACUCUUCUCGGGACAUCACAUGAUCAAGAUCCAGGAUGCCCCGUCUACACCGGAACCACAUUUCCCAGCAUGCUUCAGUGUGAAAGCAGACAGCGACGGGCCCACUUUACUCCUCAACCUCUGCUCAACCCGUUACGAAGAGGAACAGGGCUUUACUCAUCCCUCCGUCAUAAAGACCAAGACUGUGGAGAGGAGCAGCAACCUGGUCCUGGGGUUUUACCAUGCAUAAACGUGGGUCCAGAUUUUCAGGCAGAUAUUCCUCCAUGUUUGUUUGCCAAUGGGGUGGAGGACAGGUCACGUGAUGAGGACAAAUCACCACCGGAACAUCUGCUUUGGAAACCGUGGAAUGAACUCACAUAUAACGCCUCAGUACAAGAACAAGUGGAGAAGCUGCUGCAGAUGAGUAGUUCCAGUUGUGUACCAGGAGGGGGCACCAACACAGAGCUUGCGCUGCACUGCCUACAUCGUUGCCAUGGAGACAUCAUGGUCACUCUAGAGAUGCUGCUUUUUACUCAGCCCAGGCCAGCAGGAGACUACCACUAUCCUGGAGCUGAUGUUUGGACAGAGAAAGAAAAGAGGCUCUUCACUGCAGCUCUAGAGACAUACGGAAAAGACUUCUCUCUCAUCCACACUCAGGUAAAGACCAAAACAGUUAACCAGUGUGUUGAAUUUUACUACCUGUGGAAAAGACUGGGGGACAAACAAAAAAAAUUCAACAUGGAAGAAGAAGGCACAGCACAAGAUAUUGAGCAACCCAAAAAGGCACCGCCCACCAGGCAGCCAAUCGCACGACAGAUUCGGCUGGAGGAGAUGGUCCCUGUGCCUUUCUCGGCUGGAUCCUUCCCCUGUAAACUCUGUGGCAAGAUGUUUUACAAAAUCAAGUCUCGCAAUGCACAUAUGAAGAUCCACAGGCAACCUCAAGAAGAUUGGACCGACCGAAAACUUCAGCAGCAGAUGUUAAAUCGAGCUUUGAGUCGUGGUUUAAUAGUGCAACCGCAAACUUUUAGUGAAAAUAACACCACUAACGGCAACAGCAUCAACUUGUUAGACACCAGUGUACAAGAUCACAUGAAUCUACUGGCUUUUAAUAGUAGUGGGUCCCAUGUACUCCCCAAUGUAAAUACUUCACCAGAGCCAACCAGUGUUUUGCAGUUUCAGUCCAUUUGGGGUCCAUUUGGUCAAAACUCAGAUCCUUCUUCAUUUUUCUGUAGCACAGAAGUGAAAACAGAGCCAGAGGAAGACACAGCAGCCGCUAAAUGGAAGUAGUGUUCAAAAUAAUAAACAAAAUCCAAAUACAGUAUUGAAAAUAUAGAUUAGAUGUCUAGAUGUCUUGUUUUACACUUUGUCAUUUUUGUUUUCAGAUUUUUAUGUUUCUGUCCUAACAGCUAUUCCUUUCUGAAAAUAUGUCAACCCACAAUUCUUAUUUAGACUUUAUCUCAUUCUUCAAUCUUAUAAUUUCCAAAUAUUUAAAAUUUGUAUGCAUUUUGUGAGUUUUUGAAAAGUUUUCUGGGACCAUACUGAAUAAUAAUAAUUUUAUAAAGGUAUGGUUUCUAGCAGAGAGUUUCCAUGUAGAUAAUGAAUCCAGCCACAAGGGGUCAGCAAAGGACCAAAUCACAGUAUUAUACCUUUGCUUUUGAUCAUACAUCUAUAAUUAGCUAACAACUGUUACUCAAAACAAUGACCCUUUUCAAACCAAGUAUUUCUUUUAUGCCGGUGUCCUUCUUUUUGAAGUUGUAUUUACGCACAUUUUACUGCACUGACUUGCUGUGUAGUUCUCAGGGUAGUGAGUGUUUGUCAUUAUCUUCAGUGGUUUUACAAUACUACUGAUAACAAUGUUUGUAUGUGUGUCUCUGAUCUUUUCUUACAUGUAGGUAACAUUUCUACAUUUUGUUCACUGACUUUCACAGUGAACUGCAAAUAUGUAAGUAAUAAUAAGGUAUAUUUUUGUCGCACCCAGUGUAUUGUGUGUUUAACUGUCAUCUAAAAUAAAUCCUCUUCUUGGCAAGAUUCCAACAUA